AUGGCCCAUGGCCCGCGCCCAACGGGGUUAUUCACCUCGUCAUCACUCAGACAGCCAAGCGGGUUAUCCAGUUCUUCGUCACAGAGUUCGUCGAUUCUUGCUGCGCGAGUCGCUGCCAAAAAGGCCGAGCUUGAAGACCUCAGGCAAUUACGCGAUGUAAGCGAUGCAUUGGCAACUCAAAUGGAGGUGUUAAACCAGAAGCUCGAAACACUACGAGACGGCACGGAAGCCGUGGCAUGUGUUAUGGCAAAUUGGGAGAAUGUGCUGAGAGCAAUCAAUAUGGCCUCGACGAGAAUGGCCCAAAUCAAAUUUGAGCCGACAGGUCAACAGAGGGAAGCUGAGAAGCCGAGGGAGCCUGCUCUGCCUGCUCCGCUCUGUAACAGCCCGAGCACAACCAGAUCGCACUGGCAGGGCACGGGGGGUGCAAUUCUUGCGCCAGAACUUGUAUUGGACAAUUUGAAAUCCAAGCCAAUGCAAACAGAAACCUUGGUUGGCUUGGGAGUCCCCGAAGCCCCCAGAUUCGACCCGGACGGGCACAAGGGACCGAAAGACGGCGAAGACUUGAUCGUUGAAUCGGUUAUACGAUCGCCCCACAAACCUUGCGCAAAUGACACUUGGAAGGCCAUAAAUUGGGACGGGGUUUCUGCAUCGGGAACACAUGUGGCCAUUAGAGACUUAGCUCAAAUCAAAGAUCCUCUUGAAGCAAUGGACGCCUUGGAAGAAGCGCUUGAGGAGAUCGGAGAAGCAGUAACGCUUUCUCAAAACCAUAACCUCGACUCUCCGAUACGGCAAGGCACGCCUGUCGAAGAUAUUGAAUCUCGGAACCAUAGAAGCCCUCAGAUGUCUCCGACUUGCCUAGUCAAGCCAGAGCCGAAUGUUACGGCAUCAAAACGCUUAUCGACACUGGAUGUCUCGCCAGCAGGUGAAAAUCACAAUUCGAAGCCCCAAACUACCCCCAAAGCACGAGCGCCAUCGAAUUCUCAACAUCGUCAAACCUCUGGUAAUCGACCAGGACCAAAUGCAGCAAGCCAGAAGACUAAUGGGACCGUUGACACAACUAAAUCUGGCAAACCGGCAGCUCCAGCGCCCAAAACGCCCCAAAGCGAGAAAAUCAAAUCCAACAGGCUUAGCAUCGCUACUCUCAGCACCUCGAAACCAGGUAUUACUCCAUCUACCGAAGUUAAGGAAACUUUUACCAGUCGAUCCAGGGCGAAUAUUAGUGCCCUUGAAAACUCUCAAAAGCCUGACGACCAGGGAACCUCUCGAUCAGGAAAUACCAGGACCAACUCGUCCUGGACAAAUUCCGACGACAGCCCAACUCUCCGGCAGGCUGGAUGGGAUGAUCGUUUUGCCCGUCGGACGCCAGUAGUUUCUGCAAGGACACGCCAUUCCUCGGUCAGUAGUAACCCACUGUCUGACUCUCCCAAGUUAAGAGAUGCCACCAACAAAGCAAAUGGGCGGCAGGCGAGGAACUCGACGAUCUAUGCAAAGGUACCGGCUACCAAGGAGGAGAGCACAUCGCAGAGAUUGCGGGGCAAGGAGUUAUUUGCGCGAGAUCGCCAGUUGAUCGAGGAACGAGAGCAAGAGCGUCGAAGCAAGGAAGAGGCCGCAAAGCGCGCCAGGGCAGAAGCAGCACAACGCGGAAGACAAGCCAGCCGUGAAUGGGCCGAGCGACGACAAAAGCAAAAAACAAAUGCCGCCAGACCGAGCACCGAUGCUCAGAAUCCGCUAACAAGGAGCGUUGUAUGUGAAGGAACUGUUCCUGACAGAGUAUUGUAUCCAAGUCGCUCGUCUGCCUGGUUGGUCUCGGCAACCUACAGAAUGCACGUCAGCCAGAUGGCACGGACAUAUAAUCCGGCCUUGAAGAGGAUUCGUCAUUGUGCUUGGGUUUCGACGAUCAGGCAGGCAGACAAAUUGCUGAUCCCAAAACGUCAUCAUUCAUCAGAUUUCUCAAAAAAGCGGGAGAUCAACGCGCUCGUCGUCGGGGUCUGUGCAGGACCGGCAAUGUUCGAAUUCCAAACCAUCAUGAGAUCAAGGUUCAUGACAUGGAACUCUUCAAGGCCUGAGCUUGGAGCCCCGCGGAAAGUCAAGUGGGCGCGGCACGAUUUGCUUCACGCCUGA